AUGGUUGUAGCCUAUGCUGGCAACCUAAGGAAUAAUACAAUCACUGAAGUUGAAGGAAUGGCCCUCCUCUGGGGUCUGAAAAUGGCUAACUCUAUAGGAAUAAAACAGCUAGAAAUUGAAGGAGACUUCCAAAUCAUUAUGGAAUCAAUUAAAGGGAACUCAUUGGUAGGAUGGAGAGUGGGAUCCAUUUUGAGGGAUAUCAGGUGCCUCUUGGUCAGGAUGGAAGACUUCACCAUCUGCCACAUCUUCAGAGAAGGAAACAAAGCUGUUGAUUCCAUGGCGGUUGUUGGAAGACUGCAAAAUGGCUUACGAUGUUGGAGGGACCCCAGUCUACUGCCAGUCACCACAAAGUUAAUCUUGGAAAAGGAGAAGGCCUUUACCCAGGAAGGAACCGUCUUAUCCAUCUAG